GCGUUGACAAGGCAGCAUGGCAGCAGGGCGAGGGCUCCUGGAUCGCGUCGUCGGCCGCCUACGUGGCGCGCUGCCGUCGCGCGACGCCAAGGCGGCGCUGCUCCAGGCGAAGGCCAAGGACAUGGCCGAGGCCGCGACGUCCGCAACGACGUCGCGCUUGACGCAGCUCCAGGCACAGUCGUCCGCGCAGCUGCAGGAGACGCGCGCCCGCGUCCUAUCAAGUGCCCAAGCGCUCGCUAUGUCGUCCAAGGCGAGGCUACAAGACAUGGGCGCCUCGGCUGUCGAUGCCUCCAAGCACAAGUUGCAGGCUGUCGGGGCGUCGACCGCCAAUGCCGCCAAGCACAAGUUCCAGGCCGUGCGAUCGUCGGCCACCCAUGUCGCCAAAGAAACGCUACAGCGAGCGGGCGGAUCGUUGACGGACGCUUCCAAGAGUGUGGCGACAAAGGCUCAGCAGCAAGUGACAAAGGUCUCCCAAAACGCGCUGGGGGGCGCCGUCAAGGCCCACGCGUCCACGCUGCAGCGGCACUUGGUGGAAUCGAUGGACCCGAGGGAGAAGGCACGCAAGCUGCGGAACCAAGUGCUCUGGUUCGUCUUUUCUGCCAUCUUUGUCUACGGCUUUGCGUCGGCGAUCCCUCCGGCCAUCUCCAAGUACCUCGUUGAGAAGGAGCGAUUGGCCGCGGCGCAGCCCUCGCGUGACGAAGCCUAGGUCGUUCUGUGCAGUGUCGAUGUCCUUUGACACCGACGCUCAUCGAUUGGACAAGUACGACGCGAUACCGCUGGCAUCGAAAGGCCAUUGGGCGACGACCAAGGUGUAGUCUCUCUCUCGACAAAGAAACAUAAGUUACCAUUUUCCGUUGGUCGAACGCGUGGAGUAGCAAUU